AUGGCUUAAUAAGAAAUUUAAAGAAAAGCUAAAGCAUACUUAGAUAAACAUUAAAUUGAGGAAAUAUUGGGAGAUUUGGUAACUACUCUAUCCUAUCACCAAAUGAAAAAUCCCAUUAUAUAUAUUGUACUACAUUGAAUUUAUUAUAUUUUAGAUUAAAUAUUUGUGCACUGUUCACUGUACACCAAAAGAAUUAUAAGAGGCAGGUAUACAAAUAGAUAACAGAGAAAAAGUAGAAUAACCAAUUCUUUGCUUACCAUUUCCAAAUUUAUCCCAACAUUAAGGUUCGAUCAAAAAAUUGACAAAAGAAUAAUUUUAUGCUUGCAAAAAUAAAAUCACUGAUUAAGGAAAUAAUUUUAGAUCUAUUUGCAAACUCAUACAAGAUAAUCCUAAAUCUAAACCUGGUCUUUUUGCUGUUGAUCCAAGUUCAUAUCUAAUUUAUAGUGAUCUUUUUGAUUCCAUAGUUAAAGAAAAAGGUUAUUUAGGCACACCUAUUAAAGACAUGUCAUAUACACUUACAUCCUCCAUUUUAGAAGAUGUAAAACCAUUUUUAGAAGAAUCUAUUUUUGUUCUCAGAAGAAAUGUUCCAAAAUAGAGAUUUGGUUCUACUUUAUAAAAUAGACAAGCUCUAACCAAAGAAUUACUCUAAGUUCUGUCGAAAUAAUCAAUUAUUAACUAUUCCUUACAUAAUGAUUUAUCAGCCAUGGCACAAGAAGAUGUUAGAAAAUUAUAAAUUAAUGAUAAAUUAUUUAAGAAAAAAGAUCCAAAUCAAGCAAUCAUCAAUCAAAUAUUUAAAGGUUUGCGUCAUCCAGAUUGGCCUUCUGAUAGAAUGGUACUUUAAUCAAAUGAUAAAUAAAAUAUAGUUUGGAUUAACAGAGAAGAUCAUCUUAAAUUCAAGUUUCUCAAUUUGGAAAAAUCAUCUAUUAUUGAUGCUUUGGAUACAUGUUGCAAAAUGAACUAAUACUUAGAUUCAAAAGAUUUAGUCAGUUUUGAUGAUAAAUUUGGAUAUCAUACUGUUAAACCAUAAUUUAGUGGUCUAGGACUCACCUUUACAUUAAAAUUUAAAUUAGAUCCAUAAUCAAUUAAUAAAAUUAAAUCAAAUAAUAAUAACUUAAGUUCUAAAAUACAAAACAAAGUGUUCAAUGUUUAAACUAAAGAAAAAGAUAAGUACUUUACAAUUAAAUCAGAAAGAUGUACAGGAUUAACAAUGAAAUAAUAUGUAGAAUAGUUAUGUUAAAUUCUCUCCAUAUUAUUUGAAGGAGUAAUAAAAAAGCCAGAAACUUAAACUAUUGAAAAGUAAUUUAAGAAUGAAUUACAAAUUUAAUAACAAUAAUAACAAUAACAAUAAUAAUAACAAUAAUAAUAAUAACAAUAAUAACAAUAAUAAUAAUAAUAAUAACAAUAAUAAUAACAAUAACAAUCAAUGGCAAAAUUAUAAGAUGAAAAUAAUACUAUGUCUCCUUCAAAACCUGCUUCAUCACCCUCGCAUGUAGCAAUUGAUAUUUUAUAAAAUCAACCUGAAGAAUAGGAAUAUGCAACUUUACACAAAAAAAGAUUAGAAACAUUUUCAAAAAAAUAAAAAGAAAUAAAUAAAACUAGGUGGAACAAAAUAUGUGAAUUGAAAGAAUUAAUAGGAUUGUUAAAGGAUGAUACUUUUUAUUUUUAAAAUAUAAAUAAAAAAUUCAUGAUUGUUAGAAGAAAUCUAAAAAUUAGACGAAAAAAUGUUGAAGAGAUUAUUGGAUUAAAGAACUAAUAAGUAUCAGAUUAAAUUUUAAAGGAAUGUAAUUUAAAUGGUAAUUGUGAUAAGGGCAUAUUUCAGUACAAAUAUAAGGGUUAUGAAUAUUAUGUGGCAAUUGAGCUUGAUGACGAUUUAACCUUUAUAUUUCCUAUUAUCAAGAUUUCGAUCUCCUAAUAAUUAUAAAAAAUACAAAGAAUAGUUGAUUAAUUCUUACCUAAAGACUAACAAUAUGCUUGGGAUAAUUAAUAUGGAUAUUUAACUAAUAAUAAUAAUUAUUUAGGCAGUGGAAUAAGCAUUACUUGUGAUUUUCCAUAAUUUAUUCAAAAUGAAAUUCCUGGAAUUUUGAAAGAAUUGAUUUAAGAUGAUUCUAUAUAAAACUCGAAUAAUUAAUUUUUAACUCUUACUUCUUUAGAUGAAUACAAUCUUCAAAUUUACAGAAAUGCUGUAAAUGAGAUAUUGCUCAAGUAAAAAUAGCAUAAUUAAUUAAUAAAAAAAGCAGCAGAUAAUUAAAUAUGUGAGAGUGAUUGCUAUAUAAAUGAUCAAUUAUGGGCACCUUCAAAGAAAUGCUUUGAAGACUUUGAAGCAUUGUAUACAUAAUAUAUUUGGAAUUAAGGUAAAAAUUGAUUUAUAACAAAGCUAUAGCAUAUUUUAAUGGAAAACAUGUUACUCCUUUCAAAAAUUAUGAUAAAAUCAAGCCUGAUUCUUAUAAACUUAAUAUACCUCAAAAUCCUACCAUAAUAAAUAUCAAAUGCACAUUUUACAGAAACUUUGAAUCAUAAAAAUACAAACAUGAAAUGUCGAUUUAAGAUAAAAUAAAAAUGAAAGUAAGAUUACUCUAUUAAAUGUUUAGACUAAAUACAAUGAAUUUAUGAAAAAUAAUGGGUGGAAAUUUGGAAAAACUCAUCAUUUGGAAAUUAGUUUUGACAGUAAACCUGAAGAAUUUAUUUAGAAUUUCUGUAAUCAUUGGAAUUCACUUAUUGAGUAAGGUUAAGAAUUUUAAAAAAAUGGCAAUAUAGGAUUCUAUGGGCCAAAUUUAAAUUAAAGUUUAUUAGAAGGAUUCCAAUUAGAAAUAAAAACAAAUAAACCAAUUAAUCCAGAAUUAAUUAAGAGUUUUAAUUAUAAACCUUAUUAUCAAAAAAAUGGAAUGAUUAAUUAGGAAGAUGCAAUUAUAACAAUUAUUAGUAAUAGACCUUGCGUUCUAGAAUUCGAAUUAAAUUUGAUUUAAGAAUUAUUGUGA